CCGAUAGUUCUAGGAACCGUCCUCUUUGUUCCGGCGUUACUCGAGCAAACAUGGCGGCGGAAGGAGAUGUCGAUUUGGACUUGGAAGCCGAGGAAAACUGCACCGGGAAGCCGGCAGAGAAGCCUCGGAAACAUGACAGCGGGGCCGCUGAUUUGGAGAGAGUGACAGACUACGCGGAGGAGAAGGAAAUCUCCAGCUCUGAUUUAGAAACGGCCAUGUCAGUGAUUGGAGACAGAAGGUCGCGGGAACAGAAAGCCAAGCAGGAGAGAGAAAAGGAGUUGGCCAAAGUCACCAUCAAGAGAGAGGACGUAGAGCUAAUUAUGUCUGAGAUGGAGAUUUCGAGGGCCGUGGCUGAGCGCAGUCUGAGGGAACACAUGGGGAACGUGGUGGAAGCUCUGGUGGCUCUGACCAACUGAACAAACAUGACUGACACUGGACUGCUUCAUUAGGCUCAUCGGUCACGCUGGGUGGUUAAACUGUCGUGGUGUCACCUUGACAGUUGUUUUUGUGUUUUUGUUUUUUAAAUAAAAGUUGACAUUUGGCUUC